CCUGAUACGAGGGAGGCAGAAAGGGAAUACGAUUUCCGAGAAGGACACAGCGGCGCUCUGCUCGCUCUUCUAGCCGUUUGCAGACUCAUGUCUAUGAAACUUCCAAGAAGGGGAUGUUCUAAAGAAAGCCUUCCUUGAACGAAGACAUGCAAUAUUUGGGAGAGCAGCAAUUGAUGGCUCCGUCAGUGAGGCUAUGUUCCCACCCUCUUCAUUUCCUGAUCCACUUUCUGCUGAUGAUUUCUUGGACGCCUGCCUGGACUCAGAGGGCCGCCCGUCUGCAGCUUACAUAUAAAGAUCUGCAGCUGUCUAAUAGUUCAGUCAUCUUUCUGGGAUCAAGAAACACUUCCAGCUUCCAGACCCUUCUUUUGGAUGAAGAUCGUGGAUGGUUGUUGGCCGGGGCAAAAAACUACAUAUUCCUUCUCCGCUUAGAUAACCUGAAUGACAACCCACAUAAGAUUUAUUGGCCAGCAGCUAAGGAUCACGUUGAGCACUGCAAAUUGGCAGGAAAGAAUGAAGAGACAGAAUGUGCAAAUUUUGUACGUCUCCUACAACAUUUCAACAAAACCCACGUGUACGCUUGUGGAACUGGAGCCUUUCAUCCUCUUUGCACUUACAUCGACCUGGGACGCAGCACUGAAAAACCUGUUGUUCAUCUCAUUCCUCACUUGCUCGAGUCCGGACGUGGGAAAUGUCCAUUCAGCCCUGAGGAAUCUUUCACAGCUCUGCUCACCACUGAAGGACUGUAUGCCGGAACAUCUGUGGAUUUCAUGGGUACGAAUGCAGCCAUUUUUCGGACAACUGUCCAAGGAAGGAAUCAACAUUACAUCCGCACUGAGGCCAAUCAAGACAACUGGUUAAAUGACCCGCAGUUCAUAGGAUCCUUCUCCAUCCCUGACACCCGCAGUCCGGAUGAUGAUAAGAUCUACUUAUUUUUUAAAGAAAUGGCUGUGGAAUCCAACCAGUGGGAUAAGCGUAUCUUUAGUAGGGUGGCCCGAGUCUGUAAGAAUGAUGUCGGAGGAAAACGCAGCCUGAUUAACAGAUGGACCACAUUUCUGAAAGCUCGGCUCGUCUGCUCUGUACCAGGGCCUAAUGGCAUGGAGACUUACUUUGAUGAACUGGAGGAUAUAUUUCUCCUUGAAACAAGAGAUGAACAGAACCCACUCAUAUUUGGAGUAUUUUCUGCCUCAGGCUCCGUCUUCAAAGGCUCUGCAGUCUGUGUUUAUUCGAUGGCCUCCAUCCGGGCGGUGUUCAAUGGACCGUUUGCACACAGAGAAAGUCUGGACUAUCGUUGGGUGGAAUACAAAGGCAGGAUCCCGUAUCCCAGACCUGGCACUUGUCCCAGUGAAACCUAUGACCCCUUACACAAGUCAACCCAGGAUUUCCCAGAUGAUGUCAUCAGCUUUAUGAGAUCUCAUCAGCUCAUGUGGGAGGUGGUCUAUCCUCUUAACAGGAAGCCUGUGUUUAUGAAAGCGGGAGGCCCAUUUCUACUGAAAAAACUUGUUGUUGACAGGGUGGACGCAGAAGAUGGCCAGUAUGAUGUCAUGUAUCUUGGCACCGAUGAAGGGAAAAUUCUUAAAGUGAUCACGAUCCCCAAACAAGACUGGAGCACAGAGGAGAUCAUUUUGGAAGAGAUUUCUGUUUUUCAGAAGCCGAGCCCCAUUGUUAACAUGGAAAUUUCCACAAAGCGACAACUGCUGUAUGUGAGCACAGUUUCUGAACUUGCCCAGGUGUCUCUGCACCGAUGUGAACUCUAUGGAAAGGCCUGUGCUGACUGCUGCCUUGCAAGAGAUCCUUACUGUGCCUGGGAUGGCAGUCUGUGUACCAGAUACUUCCCAACUAACAAGCGACGUGCCAGAAGACAGGAUGUGAAACAUGGAGACCCUCGAAGUCAAUGCCAUGAUCUUGAAGAAGGCUUUGAAGCUGUGGAAGAUAAGGUCAUGUAUGGAGUGGAGAUGAAUUCCACCUAUUUGGAGUGCAUACCAAGAUCCCAUCAAGCAAUGCUUAAGUGGACAGUCCAGCAUCCCAGAAAUGAUCACGUGAAGGAGGUCAAAAGUGAUGAAAGAUUCAUACACCUGGAGCAAGGUCUACUUAUACGCCUACUGGAAAAAAGUGACGCGGGUAUUUACUCCUGCCUUGCUGAAGAAAACUCUUUCUCCCACACCCUUGUGCGUUACCACCUGCGGAUCAUCGAACAAGAGUAUGUUGGAGCUCAGCAAAGCCAAGUGGGAGGAGCAACUGGAGAAAUGGGCAGGGCCAUAGUUAACCCGCCCACACUGGGGCAGCUCCAGAUGUUUUAUAAAGACUACACACAACUGAAAAGCAUCUCAGGAAUGAGUGCUGAUGAAUAUUGUGACCAGCUCUGGUAUAGAGAAAAGCGCAAACAAAAGUUGCGUAAUUUCAAAUGGAAACAAACUGUCGAUAACAGGAAAGGACGACUGCGCAGACACCCAGGACAGGAGAGAGAUGGGCCUGCAGCGUGAUACAUGAGUACAACACGAUCAGCUUUUCAGUUGAACAAGUGUGGAUAAUCUGUUAUUAUUAUAUUGUAUUUAUAUAUCGUAUCCAUGUGAAACUAAAUUGAAAACCUUCAUAUUUCUGUUUUGAGCUUUUUAUUUAUUAGAUGAAUGAAAUUUUAGUUAUCAAUUCAAUCAUCCUUUUUUAUUCAUAACACCUAGUGUAAUACCUUUUAUGGUCAUUAUAUACUGUAUUUGAUAAUGGGACUUUGGAUGAAAAAAAAUGAUUUGUGUGUAAAGUACAUUUAAAUGAUCAGGCACAUCCUAGAGUGUCAUGUGAUGUGGAUAUGCUAUGUUGUGUGUGUUGUUUACACCAUUGUAUAUACUGAAAGGGGGUGCAGUCAAGCUCUUCACAGAGCUGUUCCUCAGUAUUGUGUUUCACAGGUUAUGGCAGCUCAUUCUUUCUCUUUUUCCACUCCAUGCUUGAUCUUUAACUAUGUGGUUUGUCAUGCUUUUGUACAGCACUUUGUGAAAAAUACUCACUGCAAGAGGCUUUAUAUAAAAUAAAGAUUUGAUUGACUGAUUUAUCUCAGCAAGCAGAAUAAUAGUCCGAAAAA